AUGCCUCUCACCAUGGUGGAACACAGCGGCUUGGAUAUUAUGUAUCUGAACAAGUAUAGCAACAGUUCCUCCUCGUCAUCCAGUCCCGAGCAGGACAAGAAGAUUUUCACCAAACUAAAACUUAGUUUGUCGGGGGACUAUCCGAAGAAGAACGCAGAGAUCCUGAGCGGGCAAUACGGGACCAAUUUGCUGCUGAUCGGGGCGGCGCUGAUGCUCGCCGUUGCACAACAGAAUUCCUCUGUCAAGAUCGAGCAUAUGCAGUCCUUUACUACGUGCCUGAUGGUCCUCCAGCUGAUGUGGAUGAUGUGGUACAUUUUGGUGAGGGACAGGCAGAAGAGCGCAAGGACCGAGAAAGAUGCACACGCCGUCACAUCCUGGAUAAGGGGUGGUCUGACUGUAUUUGCUCUCCUUUCACUGAUUAUGGAUGCUUUCCGAGUUGGGUAUUAUGUUGGUUUUCAGUCUUGUUUGUCGGUAGUGCUCGUGGUAAAUCCUGUUAUCCACGCAACUCACACUUUAGCACAGGUGCAUUUUCUCUGGUUUCACAUCAAGGAUGUCAUCAAGAGCUUUGAAACAUUUGAGAGAUUUGGUGUAAUCCAUGCAGUCUUUACCAACCUCCUCCUGUGGUGCAGUGGUGUCAUGGCAGAGGCUGAACACUUCUUAAACAACCAUAAGCGAACGCUCUCUGCCCUGGGCCUUGAAAACCUCACUAUAGAGUACUCAGAGCCACCAUGUAACUGCACCACCAGCACAUGCUCCAUGUUCUCCACCAGCCUCUCCUAUCUCUACCCCUUCAAUAUUGAAUACCACAUCUUUGUUUCUGCCUUGCUUUUCAUCAUGUGGAAGAAUAUUGGACGCACCAUUGAACACACUUCAAACCUGAAAAAGCACGUUACCAAACUCCAGGGCUUGAUCUUAGGUCCUGUUGUGGGUCUGCUUGCACUGGCCAGUACUAUUGGGAUACUGGUGGUCUACAUUACCAAUGUAGGGAAGUCCCUCCAAAUGCGACAAUCAGCCAUUUCCAUGUUCUACAUUUAUGCCAUUGUCAUGCUGGCGAUCAUGUCCUUCGCCUGUGCUUUAGGUCUAUUCAUAUACCGAGUGAACCACAUGCCGCUGGACACCUCCAAGAUCCCAUCAAGGCAGUUGGACACAGAGCUGCUGUUUGGAUCCUCCAUUGGCUCCUGGUUCAUAUCAUGGUGCAGCAUAGUGGCUGUGUUAGGCACCAAGAGCAGCCCUCCUUACCGCUGGACAAAUUUUACCUACUCUCUGUUAACUGUGCUGGAGAAGUAUGUCCAGAAUUUGUUCAUCACAGAGUCCCUAUAUCGCCGGCAAGAGAAUGAAGAGGGGCAGGACCCUGAGUUACCAGCUACUCAAGAAGUCUUCUCAGUCACUUCCUCUCCCGCUCCACCGUACAACGGCAUCAUCAACCGAACUUUUGAAUCUCCAGACGGGACCUGUGUCACCACUGAUAAUGAGCAGGGGGAGAGUGGACAGGUGUAUAAAUGUCCACAGAAACACACAGAGAUGCCGCUGCCUGUGGGAAACAAAAUAGAGGCGUGCCCAAAUAUAAAGAGGCAGAUCCUGAAGAAUAUUGCUGUUUUACUGAUUAUGUGUAACGUUUCGCUGUGGAUUCUUCCUGCCUUUGGCUGCAGGCCACAAUACGACAAUGGGCUGGAACAGGAGAUAUUCGGCUUCAGCGUAUGGAGCACAGUUCUCAAUUUUGCCAUUCCUAUAAACCUUUUCUACCGCAUGCACUCAGUCGCCUCCCUCUUCGAGGUGUUCCACCAAGUCUGACAAAAUAGCAAAUGACUGACAAUGCCAACACGCAAACGAACACAUGUCACCACUGACUCCUGAGUGUGUCUCACAGCACAGGUCAACCGUUCAUGAGGCAAUCUGGAUCACACGCCAAAGGACUUGAAAGUAAGCUGUGGAGACAAAUGUUGGUCCUUCAGUGUGGGGAUUACAGUGGAAGACAAACCUAUUAGCUUUGGUUCCUUAAAGAAUUACCUUGUGUAACCCAAGGGUUAUUAAAGAUAGUGAUGGAAAA